AUGCGCUGGUCACAUUUGUCAACAAUUUUCUUCUUUGCUUUCGCAAUUUUGUCAGCCGUAUCGGGACAUUCAAAUAAGGAUGAUGCUAGUAUGUCAUUGUUCAAGCGAGUUACACCGCCGUCUUCUCCACGUAAGAGCACAACUCCACCACCAGGUUCUCCACGUAAGAGCACAACUUCACCACCAGGUUCUCCACGUAAGAGCACAACUUCACCACCAGGUUCUCCACGUAAGAGCACAACUUCACCACCAGGUUCUCCACGUAAGAGCACAACUUCACCACCAGGUUCUCCACGUAAGAGCACAACUUCACCACCAGGUUCUCCACGUAAGAGCACAACUUCACCACCAGGUUCUCCAAGCUCUCGAAGUUCUCCAGGCUCCCCAAAGAGCCACCCCGGCUCAUCGUCAGGCGGUCCAAAAACCUCAAGUGAACCGCCAGCAGGCUAUAGGAAAGGUACAGGUAAUCGUGUCGAUUCCCAUGGCUAUUUUAGUGGAGAACCAGAAUUCGUUAAAUUAGAACAGAAGAAACCUGCAUCACCUCCGCCGACUCGUUCUAAUAGUCCACUUCGUGCUAAAGGCAAAUAUUAUUCUCCAGAAAGAGAAGAAAUCGUGAUCGCUGGACCGCAUAAGGGUGCACCGGCAAGAACUGUAAUUUGGAAGCCGGAAAGAGCAACACUGGGUGGCAAAUUGAAAAGUAUCGGCAACAGACUUGGAUUCAAAUGA